CAUUUAAUGAGACCCAUUUAAGGUAUUUAUAGUCUGUGGGAAAGGGACAGGGCCAAUGGAACACAAUGACAUGCUGGGAAAUAUGUAUUAUGGGGAUAUUAUUUAGGAAAUUGGGCUGCACAUAUUCGGGUGGAUAAAAUUUUCUGAAAGGAUUUGAAAUCACAUCUACCAGGAUCUAUUUGUCUAACUAUUGGAUAAGGCUCACUGGCAUCUCAUGAUGCAAAAGAUGGAUGGUGUUUCCCUCAAACCAGCAAAUCUCCUAGCACAAUGAUAAAGAAUAGAUAAGAGUCAAGGUAUGAGAUUACCUCCCUUUCAAACUGCUUCACUAGGUACAUUUUCUUCCAAUUUGUGCCUACUGAACCAGACCAGGUGUUGUGACCUUUAAGUUAACUGUAUUCUGGGAACCCUUGGGGUCCCUUAUAUACCCACGAGUAUGAUCUUUCCACCAGCAUAAUAGUUUUAUUAUGACCCCUGUCGGUAGGUUCCUUGUUCCUUGUCAAUCAUAGGCUUAUUGGAGAAAUCAGCAGUCAGACUAUCUUCUUUAAAUACAUCAAACCUUUAUUAAUGCAAUUGCAGAGAGAAGUUAACAAUGGAAGCACAGCAUGCAUCUUUCAGAGUAAGUUCUGCAACCAACGAAAGGGUGCAGCUGAUUAUGUGCAGCAAUAAGCUGAGGUAACCUAGUACAGUAGCUUCUCUGAAUUCAUUAGCAUUGACCACUCACACAAGAUCAAAAUGUCAAGACCAUACAGUUGUUACUUCUCUUUAUCUAGUUUCGAUCUGACUUACACCCAGCCUGCAGGCACAGUUGCUACGGCUUAACCGCAAAGAUGAAAAUAGAUAGCUUGUGCAAAGUAUAGGCACACUUGUUAGGGCUUAAUUGCAAAGAUGAAAAUAGAUAGCUUGUGCAAAGUAUAGGCACACUUGCUAGGGCUUAAUUGCAAAGAUGAAAAUAGAUAGCUUGUGCAAAGUACAGUGUCAGAGUUCAGACACAUAGCAACAGUAUAAUAGUGAGGAAAGCAUAUGAAUCUUAAAGUCCCCUUGAUAAUGGGGAGGGUCUUUUGGACCCUACACCCCAUAACCCCUGGGCUGUUGGUGUACACACUCAGAGCCAUCUGCCUAUAGAACUCCAUAAGAGAUAACACUACACCCACACACUCUCCACAUUGUUGGCACCGGAAGAUCGUUUGCAUGACCGCAAGCAAUAAAAUCCCCAGUCAAAUGCAGGAGGUGCCUAGACAACCCUAUCUAUAUUGACUAUUUUCAGAGAGGAGCAAAGCAGCACACAGACGAUCUCUCCAGUUAAAAGCGUAUAGUUUGACCCAUGGCAAACUUCACUACUACGGAAGAUGAGUGCUGCGCCUUUGAGUCUCCCAUCCUGGACCAUGUCCUGCCUCCCAUCCUGGUGCUGGAGUUCAUGUUUGGGCUGAUGGGGAAUGUUGUGGCUCUGUGGAUGUUUAUUUUCCACAUGGACACCUGGAAGCCCAACUCUGUCUACCUCACACACCUGGCCGUUGCCGACUCCAUCGUCCUGUUCUGCCUUCCAUUCAGAGCCGACUACUACCGACGCGGCAAGCACUGGAUCCAUGGUGAUGUCAUGUGCCGGAUUAUGCUGUUCAUGUUGUCGGCCAACCGCAGCGCUGGCAUCUUCUUCCUCACUGCAGUGGCUGUCGACCGUUACCUCAAGAUCGUUCACCCCAGGAACAAGAUCAACCGGAUGGGCCUGAACUAUGCUCUGUGGGUGUCUUUGGGCCUGUGGGGGCUGAUCAUCGCUGCAACCGGGUACCUGCUGGCCAACGAACACUUCUUCUACCGCAACAACCAGACACAGUGCGAGAGCUUCAACAUCUGCAUGGGCUUCAGCCCGCUGUCUACGUGGCACAACACCUUAUACGUGAUCCAGUUCUUCUUGCCCACCGCCAUUGUCACCUUCUGCACCUUCUGCAUCACCUGGCAGCUGAAGAACAAGACGAUUGACACCGGGGGGAAGAUCAAACGUGCGGUGCAGUUCGUCAUGGCCGUGGCACUCAUCUUCAUCAUUUGCUUCUUCCCCAGCACAGUGUCUCGGAUUGCUGUGUGGAUCCUCAAGGCCUGGUACAACGAGUGCCAGUAUUUCAAAGAGGCCAGUUUGGCGUUCUACACCUCUGUGUGUUUCACCUACUUCAACAGUGUGCUGAACCCCAUCGUGUACUACUUCUCCAGCUCUGCCUUCAGUGGGACCUUCCAGAAGCUGUUCAACAGACUGCUGGGGAGGAAAGAGGAGGUACAGCCACACUUGCCUGAGACUGGGACCGAGACCAGCAGUGCAAAUACAGUGUCAGGGAGGAGUAGUAACUUCCAAUCAAUGGUCCAGGGUGAGGGCCUGUACUCGCAAAGUGUCUCAGACUUAUUCAUUGUGAUCUAAAAUACAAAACUUAUCCUAGAUCAGCACUCCUAGGCCUACUCUGAGAAGCUUUUAUGAAAAGGUACCCAGGAGAACAAAAUAUCUGACUUUGUGUGAUUUUUCUUCUUCUACUCUAGUGGAAUAUGGUGUGUUCUAAAGAAUAUUAACCAGAUGUGAAGGAAGCUAAGGAGGGUGGAGAUAGUUGAUAUGAUUUUUAACAUUUUUAUGUUAUGUAGAAGUUCUAUAGCUAAAAAUAGAAAUUCAUUAAUAGGUUUGCUCAAUUAAGAAUUUGUUUGCAGUAUAACAGUGGAAUCUUUAAUGUAAUAUUUCAUAUUUACAAUACUUUGUCUUUGAGUUUUAUGUAUUUGCUGGUGAUUAAAGUAAAUUCAUUGUGAA